UUAUAUGAAACAGAGAGCACCAUUCUCUGUCUCGUGUGAACGAUAUUCAACACAUUCCCAAAGUUAAAAAGCUUUGUCGAUUUCUUACUUAAAUUUUGAAUAGCCAUGAAGAUCACGAUAAGGGAAUCGACGAUGGUGAAGCCCGCAAAGGAGACACCAAAGACAACGCUAUGGAACUCGGACCUCGACUUGUUAGUCGGUGACGAUCACACACAAACCGUGUAUUUCUAUCGGCCUAAUGGCGUUGUCCACAAAUUCUUUGAUGCUAAAGUGAUGAAGGAGGCUUUGAGUAAAGUGCUGGUUGCAUUUUACCCAAUUGGAGGUCGAUUCAAGAAAGACGAAGAUGGACGGAUUGAGAUUGAUUGUCAAGGACAAGGUGUGUUGUUUGUGGAAGCCGAGUCUGAUGGUUCACUUGAUGAUUUUGGUGAUUUUGUGCCGAGGUUCGAGUUUUUAAAACUUAUCCCAUCAGUCGAUUACUCUUUGGGGAUCGAUUCGUAUCCUCUACUUGUCUUGCAGGUAACUUACUUCAGAUGUGGUGGAGUUUCUCUUGGAGUUGGAAUACAUCAUCGUCUCGGAGACGGGUUAUCUUUGUUACACUUUAUCAAAUCAUGGUCCGAAAUGGCUCGUGGUCUUGACCUCACUCUCCUACCCUUCAUAGACCGGACCCUACUCAAGGCUCGGGACCCACCACAAGCCAAUUUCAAUCACAUUGAAUUCCAACCCGUUCCAUCAAUGAAAUCGUGCCCAUCAAGUGAAAAUGUCGCCUCUGUUUUCAAGUUGACCCGAGACCAACUUAAUGUACUCAGAGCCAAAUCCAAGGAAGACGGAAACACAAUCAACUUCAGCUUGUACAAAUUGCUUGCGGGCCAUAUUUGGAGGUCGGUUUCUAAAGCCCGUGGUCUACCCGAUGAUCAAGAAACCGAGGUCUACAUCCCUACAGAUGGGCGGACUCGCCUUCAGCCUAACUUGCCACCGGGCUAUUUUGGAAACGUUAUUUUUAUGACUACUCCAAUAGCAGUAGCUGGCAAGCUUCAAACGAAUUCUACUCUGUAUGCUGCCAAUAUAAUCCACGACGCAAUAGCACAAAGGAACGACGAUUAUCUAAAGUCAGCGAUCGACUAUUUGAAACUAGUGCCCGAUCUGAACGCUAUGUUUCGUGGUCUCCAGAAGUUGGAAAGUCCGAAUCUUAUGAUAAAUAAUUGGACUAGGCUACCCGUGUAUGAGGCGGAUUUUGGAUGGGGUCGGCCUGUAUUCAUGGGCCCUGCUUGGAUGCCAAUUGAUGGUUUGUGUUUAGUGCUGCCAAGCCCGAUCGAUGAUGGAAGCAUUUUGAUUGUCAUUUCGCUGCAAGCUCAACACAUGAAGCUGUUUAGCCAAUUCUUGUAUGAUAUCUGAAACUUUCAUACAUGGCUUAUUGCCUUGUAUGUGGACUUCCAAGUUUACCUUUUCAUGUACUUGAUAAACUUUUAUUAUUAU